AUGGCUCCCCUCACUCACCCCUCCAUCGUAGACGGCUGGUUCAGGGAGAUCUCGUCUCAAUGGCCGGGCCAGGCGAUGACCCUCAAGGUUCGCAAGAUCCUGCACGUCGAAAAGUCCCUUUACCAGGACGUACUCGUAUUUGAGUCUGAGACGUACGGAAACGUUCUCGUCCUGGACGGUGUUAUUCAGUGCACAGAACGUGAUGAGUUCUCGUACCAGGAGAUGAUCACCCACAUUCCCCUCGCAAGCCAUCCUAACCCCAAGAAGGUGCUCGUCAUCGGCGGUGGCGAUGGCGGUGUCGUCCGUGAGGUUCUCAAGCACGAAUCCGUGGACGAAGUCGUUCUAUGCGACAUCGACGAGACAGUCGUUCGCGUAUCGAAGCAGUUCCUCCCGCAUAUGUCAUCCCUCCUCUCGAACCCACGCGUCCGCGUGUUCAUUGGCGACGGCUUCAAGUUCCUCCAAGAGAACACCUCCACUUACGACGCGAUCAUCACCGACUCGUCGGACCCCGUCGGCCCCGCCGAGGCGCUCUUCGAAAAGCCUUACUUCCAGCUUUUGCACGACGCGCUCGCUCCGGGCGGCCACAUUUCAACCCAGGGGGAGUGCCUCUGGCUGCAUCUCCCGCUGAUCAAAGACCUCAACAAGAUGACCCAGGGCCUGUUCCCCGUGGCUGAGUACGCGUUCACCACGAUUCCGACCUACCCAUCUGGCCAGAUUGGCUUCGUUAUCUGCUCCAAGGAAGCCGGGCGCGACCUUAAGACUCCUGUCCGCAAGGUAGAAGGAACCCGGUAUUACAACGACGCCGUCCACCGCGCCGCGUUCGUCCUGCCGGAGUUCGGCCGCGCGAUGCUGGAGGAGGGCGAGGAUAAGGCGCCCAAGUUCGGACGGGCCGCGUUGGAGGCUGCUGCUGCCGGUAAGCCCAAGAAGAAGAUCUUGCUCCUUGGCAGCGGCUUCGUCGCGGCUCCGUGCGCGGAAUACCUUGCCCGGGAUCCUUCGAAUGAGCUCACUGUCGCGUGCCGCACGCUCAGCGCAGCCCAAGCGCUUUGCGAUCCUCUGCCCGCUGGCUCGUCCACUCCCCGCUCUCUCGACGUUUCCGACACCGCCGCACUCGAGGAGGCUGUCGCUGCUCACGACGUUGUCAUCUCGCUCAUUCCUUACACCUUCCAUGCUGCCGUGAUCGAGGCCGCUAUCAAGGGCAAAACACAUGUCGUCACGACGAGCUACGUUAGCCCUGCCAUGCGCGCCUUGGACGCCCGGGCGAAGGAGGCGGGUAUCGUAGUCAUGAACGAGGUUGGCCUUGACCCGGGUAUCGACCAUCUUUACGCGGUCAAGACCAUCGGAGAGGUUCACGCGAAGGGUGGCAAGGUCAAGCACUUCUACUCGUACUGCGGGGGCCUCCCCGCCCCCGAAGCCGCCAACAACCCCCUUGGCUAUAAAUUCUCCUGGUCUCCGCGGGGCGUCCUGCUUGCCCUGCUCAACAACGCCGCCUUCAUCUCGAAUUCGCAGAAGGUUACCAUCUCCGGCAAAGAGCUCAUGGCGGAGGCCAAGCCAUACUACAUCUCUCCGCCCUACGCGUUCGUUGCGUACCCCAACCGCGACUCGACGUCCUUCCGCGAAUUCUACAACAUCCCGGAGGCUGAGACAUGCGUACGCGGCACGCUGCGGUACCAAGGCUUCCCCGAGUUCAUCGCGGCGCUCGUGAAACUCGGCUGGCUCGACGAGGAGAAGAAGGACUGGCUGAACGAGAACCUCACUUGGGCGGAGGUGAUGCAGAAGACCACCGGCGCGGCGGACGCGCAGGAGGCAACGCUCGUGGCGAAAAUCAAGGAGCUGUGCUCGUUCCCGUCCGAGAGCGAGACGUCGCGCAUCAUCUCGGGCCUCCGCUGGAUCGGUAUGCUGUCGGCCGAGAAGAUUAAACCCCGCGCAGGCACGCUCCUCGACACGCUGUGCGCACAGCUCGAGAAGCUCAUGGCGUACGCUCCGGGCGAGCGUGACUUCAUCAUGCUCCAGCAUAAGUUCAUCGUUGAGUGGGCGGACGGGAAGGAGGACACGCUGACGUCCACCCUUGAGCUCUGCGGUUCCCCGAAGGGACAUUCCGCAAUGGCUCUUACCGUCGGCUUGCCCUGCGGCAUUGCCACGCAGUUCGUGCUUGACGGUGUUUACAAGACCCCGGGCGUGCACGCUCCUUACACCAAGGAGAUUUGCGACCCUCUCCGCGAGAAGAUCGAGAGCGAGGGUUUGGGCAUGGUUGAGCGGGUGCUCUGAUUUUGUGUAACAACCAAAAUGGCCAAGCGACGCGGAGCGUGAUUAUAUCCUGCUUAGACGCUCGUGGCAACAUGUAUUGUAACUCUAUAUCCCACUCCCGGAUGCCAUGAUCGGCAUACUGUAGACGCAUACCCUAUU